AUGAGCCUGUCAUGUCCUCACCGGCACGUUUCAUACGCGACGUGGCGCUUGGACGUCAUUCGAACACUAUGUCGGUCCGUCGACGACCCUCGCCCCAGUCCAUCAGCCUCCCUCCGACGAGAAUAUGCCAGGACUCAUUCGCGCAAGACCAAUGCCAGGACUUCUCAAUCCACGCCCAAGGACAAGGACGGUGACAAACCAAAGACACACGAUGGAACAGCACCGGAAACUCCGUCUCACACGAAACUAGACAAGAAAGAAUCCCCGCGCGGGGGAUCCUUCAGUCCGUUCAGCGAACCUAGUCGUCGAGCCAUCAAAGAGCUACUUUCGGAUCUGAAGAAAGCAAGCAAGAAGAUCCAAUUAGGGAAUGAAAGUGCCGAAUCCUACAGCUUUGGACCACACAGGUCGCUGAAUCUUGAUGCACCCGCAGACGUGGACACGCAAGAUAGCCUAGUUCCGCGGCUGUCAACCAACGUUCCCUUGCGAAAGUAUCACUCUACCCAGGAAGAGUCUUCGGACGCGACCAAUGCCGGAGGACACCAAGCUAUUAAGGACAUUCUCACGGAACUUGAAGAUAUAAGUAAGAGUGUCCUAUCCAAGGAUGAAGAUGGCACUGGUACACGCCUUCGAGGAGGGAUACCUUUACUCCCCGAGUCACCAAUCAUCGCACAGGUCGCCAACGAGGCGAGACGACGUGAGGAAAGGAAAGAGCACCCAUCCUAUCGACGCAUCAAAGGGUUAAAGAAUAACCCGUGGGCGGAGAUUCUCGCGAGCCCCAUCCGAGCUUGUCAAGGUAGCGGCGCAAGACUGCCAGCCGACCUUUUGUUGGACUUUGGAUAUGUCAAGAAUGAAAAAGACGGCAAGAUAUAUCUGAUGCCUGCAGAGCUUGCGGACGUCGAUGCUCUAGAAGCAAAACUGGCAGAAGAACUGGCGAUAUUGGAGGGUCAAUCACAAACACUCGACAAUGUGACUAGGCUGAAGACAGGCGAUCAUUUUGUCGCCAAAGAUGGACUGAUGGGAGAUGAUGGUGGUGCAGAUGAUUCACCAAGCAGUCCAACAGAAGCCGCCCAGAAGACCACCAACUAUCCAUCAACACCUCGAAGACACAUCCCUAUACAGAGCCGUCUUUUGCCCAACAUCACUUUCCUGCGCCUGGUAACCCACCAAGCAACCCAACCCACCAGGAAAGCGUCCAGAUCUUCAUCACCAACUACACUCGAGACGAUUCCCGGCCAGGUGGGCAAGUUAGUCCACUUCGACGCCCGUGAGUCCACGUCAACCGCGCAGCAUUACCUGCAAAACAAGUAUCGUUUUGACGCGCUUGCUAGUGGGCAAGGUACAGACAAGGAGCACCAAAUGGACUCUGAUCCAUCCUCAGCCGAGCAAGGGAGAACUAGGUUCAACUUGAACAAGUUGCAAUGGCAGCCUGAUGUAUAUCUUCGGAUCGCAGAUAUUAUGCGAAAACGCAUUCUCGUUGCCAUGAAGAUGCUGGCAGAUUCGGAGUCGGCUGCCAAAUCCGAGGCGCUCCCCGUCAGGCCAUUGGGUGUUAUUGCCCUGCCGACACCUCGGGAUGGGAAUUUCAAGGGUGAAGAGCUGCGACGGUUGAUGAGGGGAUCACGAUCUACGGCCGUAUCUGCUGGUAUCAGAAUUCGAGCCGUUACAAGUGAACCAAAAGAAGAACUGUCUGCAAAAGCCGGAUCUCCUUCCACUUCGGAAGCCGGCAUGGAAAGGCCGGCUCAAUUCGCUCCUCUCACCGCCCAAGAACCAGAUUACUACACGCUUGGCCAUUCAGAGUGGCUCCCCGGAAGCGUCUUUCUACACGUCGGCAACGAGGACGAUGCGCCUCCUUAUCCCUCGGACUCGUCAAUGACCCCCCUCCCACCCUUAACGUCAAACAACCCCCUGAUCCCUCCUAUGAUCACCGUUCUGGAUACAUAUCGGUUCCCGGUCUUCUCGCUUCGUCGUCUAUUUGCGAAUGCAUCGGCACCGGGGUCUUCUGACCUGGAAGAACUCGAUAGUCUGAUUAGAAGAGAGUCGAUCUUCCAGCAUCCCAAGACAGCGGACUAUCUCCUUCUAGUACGCCCCAUACCCGGUCCGGCAAAGGCCGUCAUCGAAGAAGUUUGGCGUCUCUGGCGGUACCUGGGUGGCAGGAACAUGGACGUGUCCUUCGCCUCCGACACCAAAGGAGAGCCGAGGCCCGACAAGAAAGACGCUGACGAAGAGAACGGCCAUGAUAGAGGGUCCGAUGGAAAGAAGACAAGGAGCGCGCGCGAGCACAGCGCCGGAACCAAUGCAAAGAAGGACAAAUCGACCAGCAGAACUCAGUUGCGCCCCAGGCGGUCCUAG